AUGAAUUCGGAAGAUGAGGACCUAGAUACAUCAGCUUUUACUCCAAUGUAUCAGUAUCAGUUUCGAGUUAUUUUGAUCGGGGAUUCAACAGUGGGAAAAUCAAGCUUACUAAAAUACUUUACCGAAGGGAAAUGCGCUGACAUUUGUGAUCCUACGGUUGGAGUCGAUUUCUAUGCUCGUAUGGUAGAGAUCCAUCCAGAGUGUCGGAUAAAGCUGCAGCUUUGGGAUACCGCUGGACAAGAAAAGUUCAGAUCAAUAACGCGUUCAUAUUAUCGUAAUUCAGUUGGUGCGAUCAUUGUUUAUGAUAUAACGAAUCGAUCAACCUUCGAAAACGUUGCAGAUUGGUUAGCAGAAGCAGAAAAUAAUGUCGGUGGUCCACAACCAAAUAACUGUGUUUUUCAGUUGGUAGGACAUAAAACUGAUCUUGAAGCUCAGCGUGAAGUAAUGCAUGAAGAAGGCGAAUAUUUUGCUAAAUAUCACAAGAUAAAAUUCUUAGAAACAUCUGCAGUUACGGGUGAAAAUGUGCUGGAAACGUUUAUGAUGAUUGCACGAGAAAUCUAUAGUCGGAUUGAACGUGGGCAGUUACGCAUAGCUGAUGGCUGGGAAGGUAUUCGUAGUGGAAUAACACUUGAUAGAUCGAUAAUCUCUUCAGAAAGUUCGACUAUGCAAUCCUCAACAUGUACUUGCUAG